AAAGACGAGACACUUUCCGACCCAAAGGCGACGUGAGUGGGAACGGAGAAUGAAAGUAAAAGCCGAUUUGAAUUUGGAGGGGGCCGCGAGAAGGGGAAUGUCUAACCAACCGCUCGCAUUACCAGUCUGCUUUCUCUCUCCUUAACAACAAACUAUGACUUCACCUCUUUCCUGACGACGAAACACACUCGCACGAGACUUGUACAUUCUUCAGCGAAUUACAAAAACAUUUAAAGGAAAUUGCCAUGGCUAGCUUCUAUAGGGCUCAUGGAGAAUUCUGUGCAAAUCAUCCAUGGGAGGUGAUUGUUGCCACGCUUACAUUAACAGCUUGUAUUUUAUCUAUUGAUACAGGAGGAAUAUAUUCUCUUACUCCUGCCUCACACUCAAUAUACACAUGCCCAGUGCCCCCCUGUCAGGAAUAUAGUGCAGUGGAUGUAAUUGUGAUGGCAUCAAUUCGUUGCAUGGCCGUUCUAUAUAGCUAUUAUCAAUUUAGAAAUCUACAUAAACUUGGAUCAAAAUACAUUUUAGGUAUAGCUGCUCUCUUCACUGUGUUUUCAAGUUUUGUGUUUAGUUCUGGGGUGAUCAAUUGUUUACAUGGAAACAUAUCCGAUCUUGAAGAUGCUCUUUUCUUUUUUCUACUUUUAAUUGAUUUGUCAAGGGCAACAAUAUUGGCCCAAUUUGCACUAAGCGCUUCAACUCAAGAUGAAGUUAAAAAAAAUAUUGCCAGAGGUUUUGAACUUCUAGGACCUACUUUGACGCUGGAUACAGUAGUCGAAACAUUGGCAAUUAGCGUGGGCACACUUUCUGGAAUAAGAAGACUUGAACUACUUUGCUCCUUUGCUUGCAUGUCAGUUGUAGUGAAUUACCUCGUAUUCAUGACAUUCUACCCAGCGUGUUUGAGCUUAAUACUUGAAUUGUCUAAAAGUAAAGAACCAGGAAAAAAACCAUCUUGGCAUUAUAAUUCAGAAGUGCAUGACAUAAAAGAUGGCGAACAAAAACCAAACCCUGUUUUACAACGUGUUAAAAUUAUCAUGUCUGCUGGACUUGUUGUAGUACAUCUUCACAGUCGUUGGACCAUUAAAGGAUUGGAGGGACAGGAACACAAUGUAUUACCUCUUGUAUCAAGCGAGCACACUGUUCCUUCAAAUUCAACUGACAAUGAAGAAAUUCGUGGAUAUUUAUACAGAUGGAUUACUGUCAGUGCUGAUCAUGUAGUUAUAUUGAUCCUUCUACUAGCGCUGACUGUCAAGUUUGUAUUUUUUGAAGACAAGGAAGAAAUCAUCGCAGGAGAUGUGAUCACAUCGAAAGGAAUAGGCAUAAAACCUUUCAUCGGAGAAGAAAUCAACACAAAAAACUUUCACACACAAAGAGAAUCUAAACUCAUCCAAACAGAAGAAAUGUUUGCAAUGGAACUGCAUGCAUUGGAAUCAACGGCGGUCAACACCGCAAUCACCAAUGUUCACGACUCAAAACUCAUAAGGCCAUUAGAAGAUUGUUUGUCAAUUUAUAAAAAAGAUGGUAUGGCAGAAAAUUUGAGUGAUCUUGAAGUUGAACUUCUUGUUGAGAAAGGACAUAUCCCAACAUAUUCACUAGAAAAAGCUGUGAACAAUCCUGAAAGGGGAGUCAAAAUCAGGCGCAAGAUUGUUGGUAGCGUUGGGGGCUUUCCAGAAGCAAUUUCAAGUUUACCAUAUAAAAAUUAUGAUUAUAGUAAGGUUUUAGGUGCUUGUUGUGAAAAUGUAGUUGGCUACAUGCCAAUUCCAGUAGGAAUGGCUGGACCGUUACUUCUCGAUGGACAACUAUUUCAUGUACCAAUGGCGACCACUGAAGGCUGUUUAGUAGCAAGUACCAAUAGAGGAUGUAGAGCGUUAAUGAAUUGUGGAGUUACAAGUCGUGUUGUAGCUGACGGAAUGACUCGAGGCCCAGUUGUACGUUUCAAAUCUAUCACAAGGGCCAGUGAAGUGAUGGAAUGGCUGCAAGUCCCUGAAAAUUUCAUAAAAAUAAAGGAAAGUUUUGAUUCGACCAGCAGAUUUGCAAGGCUAAGUAAACUGCACAUGAGAAUAGCUGGAAGAUAUUUGUUUAUUCGAUUUGUUGCGACGACAGGAGAUGCGAUGGGAAUGAACAUGGCAUCAAAAGGUACAGAAGUAGCAUUAAAUUAUAUUCAAACGCUAUUUGAAGAUAUGGAAAUUCUUAGUCUCAGUGGAAAUUUUUGUGCUGAUAAAAAACCUGCAGCAGUAAACUGGAUUGAAGGGAGAGGGAAAUCUGUUGUUUGCCAAGCGACUGUUCCAUCGAAUGUUGUUAAAAAGAUACUAAAAACUUCAGUCCAGGCGCUUGUCGAUGUAAAUAUAAGCAAAAAUUUAGUUGGCUCUGCAGUUGCAGGUAGCAUUGGAGGUUUCAACGCUCAUGCUGCAAAUAUUGUAACAGCAAUAUUUAUCGCUACUGGACAAGACCCAGCGCAAAAUGUCAGCAGUAGCAAUUGUAUGACAUUAAUGGAGCCUUGGGGAGAUGAAGGCCAAGAUUUGCAUGUGUCUUGCACUAUGCCUUCCAUCGAAAUUGGAACAGUAGGUGGUGGAACACAACUCCCUGCUCAGGCAGCGUGCCUCGAUUUCUUAGGGGUCCGAGGUGCACAUGAUACAUGUCCAGGUCAGAAUGCUAACAUGCUAGCGAGAAUUGUCUGUGCUUCUGUCCUAGCUGGAGAACUUUCUCUUUUGUCUGCUCUCGCCUCCGGCCAUUUGGUGAAAAGUCAUUUAAGACAUAACAGAUCGUCAGCUGCUGUAAAUGAUUUGACACAACAGAAUAAAGUACCUCCGUUCGUUGGAUCAAGUAAAUGAAUAAAUUAAUUAAAACCAAUUUCAAAAAGACUCUUUUAUGUACUAAAAGUUAAUACUUUUAUAUAAGUUAAUAAUUAUUUUGAGAUUUGUGUGAGUAGUUUGUUUUAUUUCUGAUGUAUGAAUUU